UACGAGUUUGCUUGGCACGUCUCCGAGGCUGGAUGCUAUAGCACCAUGUGAUUGAUCGAGCCAACGGCAGAAAACCGGACCUUGGGCAGCCACAUGAGAGCUCGACAGCGAGCGUUCCGACUUCCCCCAGCCUUCGACCGGAGUCCAGCGAUUGAGAAGCCCAAGGCACCGACGCCCGUGCCCGGCCACCACCUUGUCUGCCUAGCACUGGCGGCGUCGGUCCUGCUGAACGUGGCGCUCCUGCACAGCGGGACGGGCGCCGAACCGCGCGCCCCUCCACAAGCCGGCGGCGGCGUGCGCGGUCACGGAUCGUUCGCGCCCGCCGCGGCCGCGGCGACGACGGACCACUCGCUCUGCCACGUCGCGCUCAAGAGUCGGGCCGACCUGCCACGAUAUCUUAACGACCUCGGGCUGACCGGGGAGGGCGUGGAGGUUGGCGUGCGUAGGGCGCACUUCUCGGAACACGUUCUACAACAAUGGAAGGGGCGUGUGCUGCACCUCGUCGACCCGUGGGAGCACCAGGACGCCGUCGACGCGAAGACGACGGGCGGCAAAUACCAGGACGUAUCUAAUGCCCCAAACGCCGAACACGCGGAGAAUCUAGAGCAUGUGAAGAGGACACUGAGUAGGUUUGGUUCUCGUUUUGCGAUCCACCGCAAGUACAGCGUCUCCGCGGCCCGGGAGUUCGCCGACAAUACUCUGGACUUCGUCUACGUGGACGCCCGGCACGAGUACGAGGGCUGCUUGGAGGACCUCAAAGCGUGGUACCCGAAGCUGCGAAAAGGGGGACUGGUCUCUGGCCACGACUUCGUUCCAGACUGUGCGGAAAUCAAAUCUGAGUUCGAGAAGGCGACAGAAGCGUGGACAAUCGAAUCGACGUCCCUGUCACUGCGCCUGCUCGAUGGCGUGGAGAGUGGCGAGUACGAUUCUCUCGGCCCCGGCGCCGGUGGACCACCGUGACUGGUUGAGUUUCACACAGGUUCCAGAUGGGUUCCUCAAAGAAGGCGCCUUUGGCGUGCAAAGAGCAGCGACCGAGUUCGCCAAGGCCGUCGGCCGCGAGGUCCAAAGCAUCUCGACGAAGACGCGGUCCGCCGGCCGCGAGGAACCGCAGAGGGUUGAUGGGGGUUGGACGACUUUCUACUGGAUAAAAUAGGCAAACUUGAAUCAUGAUAAUUAGCUUUGCCGAAGCUCCCCGGUAUAAGUGCUGGCUAGAAGUGCAGGCAUCAAUGAUGAAUAUUUUGCUUUGUCCACAACCACGCAUCAUGAACUUGAAGAACUCUUUUGAGGAACUUCUUUUGAAUUCGAGUUGGACCGGGUCACCGGGCGCGACUUCAAGUUCCACGCGCGGCGUAAGGGUACUACGCUACUGGCCCAUAGUAGAGGGACUAGAGACCGGACCACCAUCGUAUCAUGCCAGAUAAUAAUAUUUGUAAUCAAAAUUUGCAACGAGGUAUUGAUUCCAAUCUUGGUCCUUUUCAACUUAGAGAACUUGGAGUACUGAUUUCAAGCCAGGCUGAAUUAUUUAUGAGGCAUAACUUGUAGAUAUAACUUGAAGUCCUCAGACUUGCACCCAGGCCUAGAACUCGGGCCGGCACUUGUGACUCAGGCUUGUCCCAGGGGUUUAUGUUGGACCGGGCCACUGCCGGGGCGACUUUAAGUUCCGGUGCCCCCCUCGUCGAGGACACCGAGUGCGUGAGGAGUCGGGCGAUCUGGUACUCCUCACAGAAGUCAUGGCCCGGGUAAAAAAAUGGCACGGGGCUGCCCUACCUUCUGCUCUC